GCCAGUAUCUUUCCUGCAACAAAGAGUGGGAGCAUCUUGUGGGAGGCUGCCAUAAAGCAUUGCUUAGUGCGUUAGUGUAUUCGUGUGUACAUGCAGAGAGUCGACCAAAGUGGGUUCAAUUACACUAUCAUUAGAAGGGGACACACUUCAGUAGACAGACAGUUGCACUUCUACACGCCCGAUGUACACAGGACUGCAAUAGCUGUACACUUUGCUGCCUGGCACAUCUGUAAACAGUGGAAGGUGUAGCCUCAACCGCGGCCAACGAACCGGGUUCACAUUGUUAGCUACUAGACUAGAGAGAUGGCGUCACCAUCACCAUUCACACCGAAGCACUCCUCCCCAUUCCCCGGUCUCAGCUCCCCACUCUCCUCCUCCUCUCCCUCCCCCACUCCCAGAAGUCCCCAUCCUCUUGGGCCGAGGGGAUCCAGCUCCCACGACUCGGAGCUGACUCUGGCCAGGAAAUGGAUCGAGGAGUGCACUGGACGUGUGGAGAAGAAUAAAAGCUUCAAAGAGUAUCUACAAGAUGGGACGCUACUUUGCGAACUGGUGCAAAAUGUGCGGCCAGACCUCAUCAGGAAGAUAAAGAGAGUCAGAAGUCCUUUUGCCUGGCGGGAGAACCUCAGCUUCUUCCUGGAGGCUUGCAAAAGCCUCGGUCUGAAGGGCUCGCAGUUGUUCAGUCCGGAGGAUCUCAUUGCAUCCGGGGCCCGGACCCCGACCAUCAAAACCAAAGGAUUUCGUGGAGAAAACGAAAGAAAACUCAGAAACGUAGCUAUCACUAUCUUCUGGCUGAGUCGGGUGGUCCGAAGACAACCCAACUAUACAGGCCCCCUCUUGGACUUUGACCCUACUUCCUUGGGGGACUGGGAUUCCACUGAAAAGCUACGUGAGGGAGGUCUGAGUCCAGUAAGCCCAGUACCAGCCACUGUUGCUACACCUCCCCCCAUCCCUGGAACACACUGUCAAUCUCCCCCUGCCACCACCGAGCACAUACCGCCCCCCUCUCCUUCUUCCCCUCCGCAGCUCAAAAGCAAGAGCUCCUCCCCGUCCUCCUCACCCCCUCUCCCCGUCUCUCCCUACCACUCGCCCACCAUCAAGGUAAAGCGUGUGGAGGGAUCGAUUCCUCGCACGCCACCAUACCAGUCGCUUCCUCCACAAGUCAUAGUUCACGUUGGUGGGCAGCGCCGUUAUCGAAGCUCCUCGCCCCCAAGUUUGACACACUCGAGAAGCAACAGUCUCUCGGACACACGGUCAUUUGUGUCCCCCUGGCUGCUAGCACACAGUGGUAAGACCAGGAGUACGCCUGCUCUGGACAUUUUGAGGUCUGUCCACGACCAGCUAAGCGAGUCGGAAAAGGUCCUCUCUGACCUCACCAAAGAGUUAACACUCACUGAAGAAGCUCUAGCAUUGAAAAGGCGGUCAACGGGCAUCGUCCCUGCAGUGGAAAAGAGUACUUCUAGUGCUAGUUUAGAGAAGCUUUCUCCCGAGUCCCUUCCCGUGCAAAACGGUCAUCAGGAGGAAGAAGUUAGUCUAGAAGAGAGUGAUAGUGUGUCCCUUGAAGCACUCAUAGAAACCGAGUUACUCCUGAACAGCAACAAAUCACCUCCGAUUGACUUGCCGCAUCGCAGCCCCUCUUUGAGCUCCUCAACGCCAAGUGACGUGUCCACCAUAGUUCCCCGUGAUCUGGUUCCUUCAAGGUGCAGUGCCCUCUCUCUUCCCGAAGACCCAUCAACAGCAGACGCAAAUACUUCCUCCCAGGAACCCCAACCCAAUUUGUGUGCUCUUUCUACCGCCACUCCUUUUCCCACACUUGUCACUGCCGAUCCAGAGGGUUUCACUAACCCCCUCUCGAACUCUUCCGCAGACGGUCGAGGAUCUCCUGAAAGCAACCCUUUUGAGGGUCCCACUAUAGAAUACAGUGACAGCCAGACUCUAUUUCGUAACCAUAGCCCAGUGGUUGACGUUGAAGCUGUCCUCGGUGACCUGUCCGACAGUGCUGCUGAAGACGUAGAAGAGGAGGAGCCUAUCCUUUUCCCCUCACUGACAGUUUGUGCCCCUUCCCUGCUACCGGAAGUCGUCCUAGAGGCUUCUCACGACCUCUCACCCCCUGAAGAAGUCGCGGAUAUUUCGAAUAACGUAUCAGAAGAGAGCGAACCAGAGAGAGACGUGCCUUCCCAGGAUAUCGAUUUUCUAGACGUUUCACCUCAGUUUCAGCAGCGACCUCACCCAGCUGUUACCACUCUCCAGGAAGACUGGCGAAAGUCUUUUCACUCCUCUUGCUCAAGCCUUGACUCGACAGCGUGCUCGGUGAUCGAGGUCUCGUACUGCUACAACGGUACAUCAGAGGAAGUCUCCUCGAGUCAUUCUCCUCCGCAGCAAGACAGCACAGACGCAAACAAUAGCAGCUGUUACUCAAGCUCCAGUGAGCCCGAAGCAGACGGUGCCAGUUACGAGGUGGUCCCCGCUGAAACGCUCAAUCACCACCUCGUGAAUCUGAGCAUUCCUGAUCCAGAGGAGAGCAUCACCAGUGCAACCAGUACUGACUCUAAGAAUCUCACCAAGUACAAUAGCCUUCCAAACUUCGAACAAGCCGAUCUUGAGACUAUACCCGAGGAAAUGGCUGUCACGACACAAGUGAUGCGAAUCUACCCGGCCCAGAGUGUGGGGGAGAUCAGUAGCAGUGUGGCAGUGCCGCACCACCGUGUCCACAUUCCAUCGAGUGCCAACGGUCCGGAGUCGCCCUCCAAGUGUACUGCGGCCGCUGUGGCCAACCAACCUGCCAUUGUCUAUGUGUCUGACGAGAGCGAGAUGAAAGUGGUCAGAGAAGGCUCCUGUGUGCAAGCGGUGGAGCCACCAGGACUCAUGGCCGUUCCCAUACAGAUUCUGGAAGACGGAGAAGAGGAGGAGGAAGAGGACGAGGUCGAUGCAAAACCAUUUGCUCCAAAGGACAGGAAGAUUAGAGGGGGGCUGGCACAAGAACCUGCCUUUGGGAAGAUGAACCUCACUCUUUCCCCAGUUCCCGUGGGUGGAGGAAGCCUCGCCCGUGUCCAGUCAGAUGCCCUGCCUCUCACCCUCCACGCCGACAUGCUCACACUCCCUGAUCCAUCAACCGAAGAAGCAAAGCCGUCCAAUCGAACACAACUUGCCGAUCUCUCUGAUUUCAACUCUACUGCAGUUGAGAUAAGUAGUUCUGACUCCAUGAGUUCCAGUCGAGUGUCUGUGGCCACUUCAAAUCAGUCCUCCUCUGCUUCCCUGGUCACCUCCCAGCAGUCAGUCUCCACCUCUGUCAUUGGAGAGCUCCACAACCCAAUCCCCAGCCAUGGUCUCAGGCAUUACAAGAACCAGCACUUAGACAGCUCAUUUGUCGACGACAUUCUGGCAUCAUCUCACGGGGACGGAGCGACUUACCCAGGGACCCGGGUUCUCACCGCUGCAAAGAGUGGACGCCCGACCAGCGCACCGACUCGGGCCACCUCUGACUCUGUCCUACCUUCUCCCUAUGCCACGGACUCUCCCAACAUCCUGAAGAUCAGAAGCCGACGGACAUCCGGAGAGGACAAGCGGCAGCAACGGCUCGCUAACAUAGCCGAGAGUGCACGCGCGGCACUCACGUACACUGCCAUCCAUCGCUCGAAGAAGACCGAGUCCCUCCCUCGAGACCAAUACCAGCUACACCAUCACUGGCGCAGCCACUCGGGGAGCAGAUCCGUGGGUUCGGAGGACGAGCUACUGGGCAGCAGCCCCAGCUCAGUCAGUAUACUUGGUACAGGGAGUGGAGCACCAGCAGCACCAACUGACGAGGCCAAGACGUUCACCACAGGGUCCCCGUCGGGAUCUCUCAAUCUCCACAGUCUGAGUAUAGACGAGACACGCAAGGCGAGCAUGACAGAGAUGGAGGAGAUCUGGAAGCUGGUGGAGAACGAGAGCGGAAGUAGUAGCACCACCAGUGUCGACACGAGCAGCGAAGGGUUCCCUGGUAGCAGUGGAGGUGGAGGUAGAAGACUGCCUAGCAUUGCACUGGAGAGCCACUUGAGCCCCCAGCACACGGCCUCGGGUAAAAAGUCCAUAGAUAGCCCAGUCUUUGAAGAGGAUCAUGGAAAGAAGCGAGCAGUGCUGAACGGGCACGCCGGGCUGGAUGUGUCUGUGGCAGAGGGUGUGGUGAAGGGAGUGGACCAAAUACCUCUGCAGUCAACCCCCAAGAGACCUGGACUGGCAGGACCAGCUACUCCCAACAUGUCUCUCGUCACCAGUGGGCCAAGGCCCAAUCCAGUCACCCGGAAAGGUACGCAGUAUAUUGCAUAGCAACUCUGCAGCCUGGGAAUGACACCAGUGCUCAAAGAGAGGGAACUUCUGUCCGUUCACAAGCUGUUUCUCUCUCCCGCAGAUCUCGACUCUUUGCUGACAACUCUGAAAUCUCUGGGAGGAGAUGGGGGAGGAGAGGCAGAAGGACAGGAGGAGGGAACCGGGCUGCGACUGUUGGAGCAGAUGCUUCACAGCAACACUUUCAAGAGAGCACAGAAGGUUCACGACACAGUGCAACAGCUGGUACACCGUGACAAGGGUGCUCCAACACCAGUGGCCAGAAGAGUGGUGCCCAUUGCACAAGAGGCACGACAUCACUUCCACCACCACGUGGAGCCAAACCCCGAGGUUGAUGAGCUCAGAUCACUCCUCAGAGAACCUCACAUACAGGCCCUGAUGUUCUGCCACGACCGAGUGUCCUCGGGGGACUUCUACCUUCCCCGACGCCACUUCCCGCGCAUCAAGCAAGAUCCAGUCGACAUCAUCCUCUCCGGCUCUGUCCUCAACUUUGUGCCACACUCCUCACUAGACAACUCCCUCCCUCUCUCUCGCGAUGUACCCAGCUGCCGGAAAGAGGACGCCACUAUUGUCUAUCUCCAGAGAUCAAACCGACCUCUGGGCUGCACCAUCUACAAGCAGGGUGAGGCUGUGUUUGUGGGGAAACUCCUGAAAGGCUGCGACGCAGAGCUCAGUGAGGUACUUCGUGAGGGAGAUGAGGUGUUGGAGGUGAACGGGGUGCCUGUCAUGGGCAGAUCCACCGAUGAAAUCGUCAGACUCAUGAGUGGUGAGGCUGGGGUGACCCUGGCGUUUACCAUCAUCCCAAUACACGAUGACAACAUCGACCUCAAUUUCGAGCCUAAAUACGUGCGUGCACACUUCAACUACUCUCCCAAGACAGACGACGAGAUUCCCUGUCAACCUCUCGGACUCAGGUUUGAAAAGGGAGACAUCCUGGAGAUCAGUAACCAGGACGACCCUGACUGGUGGCAGGCUCGAAAGGUAUUUGAUGACGGCGCAGAGAGUCUGCCUGGCCUGAUUCCAGCCAGACAUCGCCAGCAACAGCGUGAGGCCUUGACACGAUCGUACCCCCUUGCCAAAGCCAUGGAAGACCAGCAUCGUAAAAAGAAAGGUUUGAUGUCAAGGUUAUCACGGAAGAAGAAAAAGACUGUGUUUUACAACCAAGGAAGCAACCAGAGCAUGCUGGCGGUGGGAGACGAGGUGGUCACGUACGAGGACGUGGUGAGAAUGGAGUCAAGUGCUCACUGGAGAAGACCUAUUGUGCUCAUUGGUGCCUCAGGUGUUGGGAAGGGAACACUCAUCAGGAAGCUCAUAAACUCAGACCACACACGCUUUGCUGCAGUUGUCCAGCACACCACUCGUCUCGUCCACCCGGGCGAAGUCAAUGGCCACACCUACCACUUUGUCACUCGGGAAGAAUUCGAGCUCGACAUCCUCCAGGAACGGUUCUUGGAGCACGAAGAGGUCAAAGGUCAGCUGUACGGAACCUCUGUGUCGGCCAUCAAGAAGAUAGUGGAGUCGGGCAGAGUUCCAGUCCUGGACCUACAGCCACAGGUCAGCCUCGACAGAGUGUGUAGGAGAAAUGACGUCACACGGUAGCUGUUCUGAGUCCAGCGGUAAACCAAAAGAGAGAACAGCUUUUGUGUGGGGUUUGGUUAACUUGACUAUCGGUUUACAACGUUUGUGGGGAACAAAAGUCUCUUGCUGUUACUCAUAAUGGGACAUGCACGAUCUACCAUUAUAAAUAUUGAAUGUGCCUUGUCGGCAUUAAACUUUCUUAAAUCUUACCAUCUUCCUCAUGAAGAACCACACUCUGUUCUACCCACUGUACAUGUAUGUAUGUGGCCCACACUCUACCACACAGUCUCUGAAGAGGGUCCGCUACUCUGGCCUGAUGCCCUACGUGGUGUUAGUGGCAUCUCCGCGGCUGGAGAGACUGGUGGUGACACGGAGAGUUGGGCCGGAGAGACCGACUCGGCGGAGGACCAGUUUCCAGUUCAUCAUUUGACAUGGACGGCUCUCAGAUCUAUACCGUGAGCAUUACCACCGGGACACUAGAGCUGCCCAGGCAUGCAUAUAAUUAUGAACACAUGUUCGGCAGUGUGGGCAUCUGUGCCUGUUUCUCUACUGAUUAUUCCCUUUGUGAGUGUGGCAUUAUACAGAAAUAAGCAUCAGAACCACAUUUAUUCUUAAAAGGUGCAUAGAGCUGGAUUAGCCCUUGCUUUAAAUGAUUGGAGAAAUUUCGCACCAUUCAUCACCUAUUUCUCUCUCUCUUUUUCCCCCACCUGCCAGGAGCCAGAGCUGCAGCACCUACUGGGGGAAAGCAGACUGAUAGAGUCUCAGUACAGCCACUACUUUGACUGGAUCAUUGUCAACGAUGACCUCUCUGUACGUCCACACACACACACACAC